GGGGGGCCCAGUUGCAGCGGCUGGAUCCGGCUCCCUUCCAUUCCACUCCCCACUCUCCUUCUCCACUCCGACGAAACCCUCCCGCCCCUCCGCUUCAAACUCGCUCCCACUCCGCCGCCAUGGCGCGGCCCAGCCACGAAUUCGCCUACGCUGACGGGACGCCGGAGUUGCAGCUCCUCGGCGCGGCGACCUCGGGCGACCUCGCCCUCCUCGAGCAGAUGGCGAGGCAGCUCGAUGGCGGGCGCGGCCGCCUCGCGGAGGCGGUGGAAGCCGUUACAGAUCACGGCGCGGGGGCGCUGCACCUCGCCGCCGCGAGCAGCAGGGCGGAAGUGCGAGUUCCUGGUCGAGGAUGUCCGGGUGAAUGUGGAUGCUCUUGACACUGCCGGUAGAACACCUCUUGUUUGGGCAAUUACUUGUGGAGAUGGGCACAUGGAUAUUGUCAGGUAUCUUCUUGAUCAGGGUGCCAAUCCAGAGAAUGUCGACAUUAAAGGGUUUACUCCUCUCCAUGAGGCCGCCAAGAUAGGGCACUGUGAAGUAGUAGAACUCUUGCUAUCUAGAGGCACUUUUGUCGAUCCAUUUUCUACUUAUCAUGGGACACCGUUGCAUGUUGCCGCUAAACAUAAGCAGGAUGGCGCCAUGAAGAUUUUGUUGGAUCACCAUGCAGAUCGCAACAGGAUUCUAAAAAAUUUAUAUUCACCUCUCAUGAUUGCUAUCAAUAGCCACUCAGUGAAAUGCGUGAACCUACUGCUAGAGGCUGGUGCCGACGUGAAUGGUAUUCGUGGUUCGACCCCCUUGCAUGCUGCUGCCAUAAAUGGCCUAACUGACAUCUUCAAGCCCCUAUUGGAUGCUGGUGCAGAUCCCAAUGUUCGAAAUGAAUAUGGUCUCAGGCCAAUACAACACGCGGCAUAUUCUGGUACACGCAAAGGUGUAGAGAUCCUGUUUGAAGUUACUUCUCGUAUUCCAGCUAUACAUGAUUGGAGCAUUGAUGGAAUAAUUAGUCAUGUAAAGUCACAGCCCAAGUUGGAGGAUCUCCCUUUGUAUAAAAUGUCAAGAGCUGAGUUGAAAGAAGAAGGACACAAAGCUUUGCAUAAAGGGGAUUUCAAUGCUGCAAUAGAAUUCUAUAACAUGGCUAUGCUUGUUGAUCCGGAAAACAUUGAUUCAAACUUGUUGGGCACUAGGGGUUUGUGCCGGCUUCUACUGGGAAAUGGAGAGGGUGCUCUAAAUGAUGCCCAUCUUUGCAGGGCAAUAAGACCUGAUGCAGAUUCAUGCUGGCUGCAGGGCUACUCACAUUUGCAACUAAAGGAGUACGAAAAGGCAUGCGACACAUUUCUGGACGGUCUCAAACUGAAGCCAUGUUUUGUUGGAAUCGAGAAGGGGUUAAGGCAAGCUCUGAGUUUAUUGAAAGACUCUCACGCUGACAAGAAGAACGGCAUAGAGGGGCGAUAUCGUGAAGCACGUCUUUUCCUUUGGUGAGAUCAAUUUGACUAAUAACAAGUCUGACGCCUUGGCUCUUGUGACAAAUCGCCUGCUGCGUGCGCGCUGAAGAAGGUGGUGCUUGAUGCCCUGUAGGUUCAUUUUGUGUAGUCUGCGGCUGCAACCCUGAACAUUUGGCCGGUCAUGGAUACUGACUGUGUAGUGCUAGAAAGCAGAAGCUGUUGCGCUCUGAGGUGACAUGGUUGUGAUGAUUCAUCUGGGUAUGAGUACAUCUUUUUUAGGGUAAAGAGAGCUCUAUUAAUUAUAUAGAAAAGGGUAUUACAAUCU